GCUGGCGGGGCCCAUCGGGAAGUUUGAUGGCUUCUUUGAGGAGAGUCAAAGUGCUGCUGGUGUUAAACCUGAUCGCCGUGGCUGGCUUCGUCCUCUUCCUGGCCAAGUGCAGACCCAUCACGACCAAGAGCGGCGACUCCUUCCAUGACAUCCAUCCCAGGGCAGAAGUGGCCAACUUGACAGCCCACGGCAUCAGCUCCAUCCAGGAUGCGGUGCUGAAGAGGCUCUCGCUCCUAGAAGACAUCGUCUACAGGCAGCUGAAUGGUCUGUCCAAGUCCCUUGGUCUCAUUGAGGGCUAUGGUGGCCGUGGCAAGGGUGGCCUCCCAGCCACCCUGUCCCCUGAGGAGGAGGAGAAAGCCAAGGGACCCCAUGAGAAGUAUGGCUACAACUCCUACCUCAGUGAGAAGAUUUCCCUGGAUCGUUCCAUCCCGGAUUAUCGCCCAACCAAGUGCAAAGAGCUGAAAUACGGGAAGGACCUGCCCCAGAUCUCCAUCAUCUUCAUCUUUGUGAACGAGGCGCUGUCGGUGAUCCUGCGCUCGGUGCACAGCGCUGUGAACCACACCCCUGCCCCCCUGCUCAAGGAGAUCAUCCUGGUGGAUGACAACAGCGACGAGGAGGAGCUGAAGGCGCCGCUGGAGGAGUACGUCAACAAACGCUACCCGGGGCUGGUGAAGGUGGUGAGGAACCAGAAGAGGGAAGGGCUGAUCCGGGCCCGCAUCGAGGGCUGGAAGGCGGCCACGGGCCAGGUCACCGGGUUCUUUGAUGCCCACGUGGAGUUCACUGCUGGCUGGGCAGAGCCGGUGCUGUCCCGGAUCCAGGAGAACAGGAAGAGGGUGAUCCUGCCCUCCAUCGACAACAUCAAGCAGGACAACUUCGAGGUGCAACGCUACGAGAACUCAGCUCAUGGCUACAGCUGGGAGCUGUGGUGCAUGUACAUCAGCCCCCCCAAGGACUGGUGGGACGCUGGGGACCCCUCCCUGCCCAUCAGGACCCCUGCCAUGAUUGGCUGCUCCUUCGUGGUCAACAGGAAAUUCUUUGGGGAGAUUGGGCUGCUGGACCCCGGCAUGGAUGUGUAUGGAGGGGAGAACAUCGAGUUGGGCAUCAAGGUGUGGCUGUGUGGGGGCAGCAUGGAGGUGCUGCCGUGCUCCAGGGUGGCUCACAUCGAGCGCAAGAAGAAGCCCUACAACAACAACAUCGGCUUCUACACCAAGCGCAACGCGCUGCGCGUGGCCGAGGUCUGGAUGGACGACUACAAGUGGCACGUCUACAUCGCCUGGAACCUGCCCCUGGAGAAUCCAGGAAUUGACAUUGGGGAUGUUUCUGAAAGGAAAGCCUUGAGGAAAAGCCUGAAGUGUAAAAAUUUCCAGUGGUACCUGGACCAUGUUUAUCCAGAAAUGAGGAGAUACAACAACACCAUUGCUUAUGGAGAGCUGCGGAACAACAAAGCCAAGGACGUGUGCCUGGACCAGGGCCCGCAGGAGAACCACACAGCAAUUCUGUACCCGUGCCAUGGCUGGGGCCCACAGCUGGCCCGGUACACCAAGGAGGGCUUCCUGCACCUGGGGGCCCUGGGCACCACCACGCUGCUGCCCGACACGCGCUGCCUGGUGGACACGGGCAAGAGCCGCUUCCCGCAGCUGCUGGACUGUGACAAGGUCAAGAGCAGCCUCCACAAACGCUGGAACUUCAUCCAGAACGGAGCCAUCCUGAACAAGGGGACAGGCCGGUGCCUGGAGGUGGAGAACAGGGGCAUGGCUGGCAUUGACCUCAUCCUUCGCAGCUGCACAGGGCAGAGGUGGACAAUUAAAAACUUCAUCAAGUAGAGGCUGAAAGAGUCAGGGGAGUCUGACUUGAGCCACGGCUGCCGAGGACUGAUCCACGUGGACUCCUUUGGAAAGGAUGGAACAUCAACCAGAGCUUUAUUCGUGUUCCUAGGAGAGGACCUGGGGGAGAUGGGCGUUUGUGGCUUUACUUUUCCCAUUUGUGAGUCUCCCCCAGCUGAUCCCAGCUGUGUGGAGCUGGCUCAGAACUGCUCUUCCCCCUGGCCAGCACUCCAAGAGGUGCCACAUUCCCUGCUGGAGUGGCUGUCAUGAGCUGGGGCAGUCUGGGAGCUUUUACUGACAGGGAAUUUCUGCUUUCCCACACAACUCCAAGCUCUCCCAAAGGGCUGGGGAGGUUUGCACCACCACCCUGCACAGACCUGCCUGGCAAGUGUGGAAACUGGGCAGCUUGGGAGAGGAAAAGGUUUCCAAGCCCUAAAGGAGCUGAGUUUGAAGGACAUGGUGUUUUGCUGGGUCCUUGUUCCCUGUUCCCUUUCCUGCCCCUGCAUCCAGCAGCCCCUUCCCUGAGUUUUGGAGAAGCAAAACAGCCCAGCAGCUCCCAGGCAUCUUUCUAACCCUUAAUCACAGAAGUUACCCAAAAAAAUGCAAUGGAAUAAACCCCCUGACCUCCCCUUGCCCCCCUCCCCAUCACCCACACACUGCUGGCCAAACCAGCACCUCCCUCUGGAGAGCCCAAAGGGUUCCCCUUGGGAAUGACCUGGGGUGUCUGCCUGCCCUUCUGGGUGACAGCAGGAAUGUUCUCUGAGGUUUCAGCACCCCUGUCCUGCCUGGUCAGGCCUGGCCAAGGUCCCCCCAGAGUCACUGCAGCUCUUCCUGAGCUGUGGAGGAGAGGGAGGGAGGCCAAGGCACCAACAAAUGGCAGCUUGGCUGAGAUUCUUGGCCCUGAAGUCACUUCAGGCUGGUGGAGGGAUCUCAGCUAAUUUAUUUUUGGCUCACAGUAAUCCUGGCUACCAAAUCUUGGCUACCAAAUCCACCUGGGAGACCUCUGCUCAGGAUCCUGACUUGUGGCUGCCUGGAAAAGGGAAACACGAUCCUGCAGAAUUGCUGCACGUGGAUGGACACAGGCUCUGCUCAGCAGGGAGGAGAAACCAGCCCAUCUCCUGUCCUUCUCCCACAAUAAUCCUCUUUGUGGCUGCCCUCUGGCUAGGGUACACUAAAAUAGAUUAAUAUAUGAGAUGUAUGUGUAAAUAUGUUUCCCAAGCUGGGAUGUGCACAGAGUCCUUUGCUGCAGAGCACUCAUGCCUGUCUUCCAUUUGCAUCAGGAUGAAGCUCCCUGGAUGUUGAACGAGCUGAAUUUCCAAUGCCAUGCAGCAGGUUUAUAACUGAUGUUUUAGUAAUUUAUUGAACAGAAGCAGAUCUAUUUCAUUGUUCCUUCUACAGCAACGAGCAUCACCUAGGACUGAUUAUUCAUUUAGGCUUUACAAGGCUCCCUCAACCACUGGGGCUGUCUCUGAUUUUUCCCCUGCCUUCCUUAAUGAAGUAAAACCUCUUCGUUGUCCUGACUUGCAGAGUAGAGAGUCAAUGUAGAAUUUUGCUCUCUUUUUCGCUGUUGCAUCAUCUCUUGUGUAAUAAAUUUGAGCACUUCCAAACCCGA